GAGGGCGCGGAGGAGGCGGUGCUUCUCGCGAGGCCGCGCCGAUGUCCGCGCCGGGCGGAGGCUUCGCUGGGUAACACAAUGCCAGCUGAGCGCAAAAAGCCAGCAAACAUGGAAGAAAAAGAAUCUCCGCUAAAUAAUAAAGAAAGAGAAUUUAGUGAAAGGCGACCAGUGAGCACUAGGGAGAAACCAAAAGAAGAUGCCAAGGUUGGUGUGAAGAGAGAGACUUUAAAGGUUCCUGAAGACAAAAAGAAAAAACUGGAUGAGGAUAAAAAGAAAAAAGAAGAUAAGGAGCGGAAGAAAAAAGAGGAGGAUAAAGUAAAGGCAGAAGAAGAGCAAAAGAAGAAAGAAGAAGAAGAAAAGAAGAAACUUGAAGAAGAAGAGAAAAAGAAACAAGAGGAGGAAGAGAAAAAGAAACAAGAAGAAGCAGCUGCUCAACUGAAAGAAAAAGAGGAAGCACAUCAGCUCCAUCAGGAGGCUUGGGAGCGUCAUCAGGCAAGAAAAGAGCUUCGCAGCAAAAACCAGAAUGCACCAGACAAUCGUCCUGAGGAAAACUUCUUCAGCAGACUAGAUUCCAGUCUCAAGAAGAACACAGCUUUUGUUAAGAAGCUAAAAACCAUUACAGAGCAACAAAGGGACUCCUUGUCCCAUGACUUUAAUAGCCUGAAUUUAAGCAAGUACAUUGCAGAAGCAGUAGCUUCUAUUGUGGAAGCCAAACUGAAAAUCUCAGAUGUAAACUGCGCUGUGCACUUGUGUUCCCUCUUUCACCAGCGCUAUGCUGAUUUUGCUCCUUCAUUACUUCAGGCUUGGAAAAAACAUUUUGAAGCAAGGAAAGAAGAAAAGACUCCCAACAUUACCAAGUUAAGGACUGAUUUGCGUUUCAUUGCAGAAUUGACAAUAGUUGGGAUUUUCACUGACAAGGAAGGUCUGUCUUUAAUCUAUGAGCAGCUUAAAAAUAUUAUUAACGCUGAUCGAGAAUCCCACACUCAUGUUUCUGUGGUUAUCAGCUUUUGUCGGCACUGUGGAGAUGACAUUGCUGGUUUGGUACCGAGGAAAGUAAAAACUGUUGCAGAGAAGUUUAACUUGAGCUUUCCUCCUAGUGAGAUAAUUAGCCCAGAGAAACAACAGCCAUUCCAGAAUUUGUUGAAGGAAUACUUUACGUCUUUGACCAAACACCUGAAAAGGGACCACAGGGAGCUACAAAAUAUUGAAAGACAAAACAGGCGCAUUCUACACUCCAAAGGAGAGCUGAGUGAAGAUAGGCACAAGCAAUAUGAGGAAUUUGCGAUGUCAUAUCAGAAGCUGUUGGCAAAUUCUCAAUCUCUGGCUGAUCUUUUGGAUGAAAAUAUGCCUGACCUUCCCCAAGAGAAACCAACACCUGAGGAACAUGGACCUGGUAUCGAUAUUUUCACACCAGGAAAGCCAGGAGAAUAUGACCUGGAGGGGGGUAUCUGGGAAGAUGAAGAUGCUAGAAACUUCUAUGAGAAUCUCAUCGACUUAAAGGCUUUUGUGCCAGCAAUUUUGUUUAAGGAUAAUGAAAAAUGUUCUCAGAACAAGGAUUCCGGCAAAGAUGAAUCAAGAGAUUCAAAAGAUGCUAAAGAUAAUAAGGAAGCACCUGGGAGUGAGGAUUUGGAGUUGGAGCUGGAGAACCUGGAUAUUAAUGAUGAUCCUCUGGAGCUGGACUGUGGAGAUGAGGCAGAAGAUCUUACAAAAAAGCUGCUCGAUGAGCAAGAACAAGAGGAUGAAGAAGCCAGUACUGGAUCUCAUUUAAAACUUAUAGUAGAUGCUUUUCUUCAGCAGCUUCCAAAUUGUGUCAACAGAGACCUCAUAGACAAGGCGGCAAUGGAUUUUUGCAUGAAUAUGAAUACAAAAGCCAACAGAAGAAAACUAGUACGAGCACUUUUCAUAGUUCCUAGGCAAAGGUUGGAUUUGCUACCAUUUUAUGCAAGACUGGUUGCCACACUGCAUCCCUGUAUGUCUGAUGUAGCGGAGGAUCUUUGUUCCAUGCUGAAAGGGGAUUUCAGGUUUCACGUAAGAAAAAAGGACCAGAUCAACAUUGAGACAAAGAAUAAAACCGUGAGAUUUAUUGGUGAGCUUACAAAGUUUAAGAUGUUCUCCAAGAACGAUACUCUCCACUGUUUGAAGAUGCUUCUGUCAGACUUUUCUCAUCACCAUAUUGAAAUGGCAUGUACUCUGCUGGAAACCUGUGGAAGAUUCCUCUUCAGAUCGCCAGAAUCUCACUUAAGAACCAGUGUUCUUCUGGAACAAAUGAUGAGAAAAAAACAAGCAAUGCAUCUUGAUGCGCGCUAUGUUACAAUGGUAGAAAAUGCCUAUUACUACUGUAAUCCCCCUCCAGCUGAAAAAACUGUGAAGAAAAAACGUCCUCCUUUGCAGGAAUAUAUUCGUAAGCUUCUUUACAAGGAUCUCUCCAAGGUCACCACAGAGAAGGUCCUGAGACAGAUGCGCAAGCUGCCUUGGCAGGAUGCGGAAGUAAAAGACUAUGUAAUAUGCUGUAUGAUCAACAUCUGGAAUGUGAAAUACAAUAGCAUUCACUGUGUAGCCAACCUCUUGGCGGGGUUAGUCCUUUACCAAGAGGAUGUUGGAAUUCAUGUUGUGGAUGGAGUGCUAGAGGAUAUUCGACUAGGAAUGGAGGUUAACCAGCCAAAGUUUAACCAACGGCGAAUCAGCAGUGCUAAGUUUUUGGGGGAGCUCUACAAUUAUCGAAUGGUGGAAUCAGCUGUAAUAUUUCGAACUCUGUAUUCUUUCACAUCAUUUGGUGUUAACCCUGAUGGUAGCCCUAGUCCACUGGACCCUCCAGAGCAUCUGUUCAGAAUCAGACUAGUCUGUACAAUCCUCGACACCUGCGGGCAGUAUUUUGACAGAGGAUCCAGCAAACGAAAACUUGAUUGCUUCCUUGUAUACUUUCAGCGGUAUGUUUGGUGGAAAAAAAGCCUGGACGUUUGGACAAAAGACCACCCAUUUCCUAUAGACAUAGACUAUAUGAUCAGUGAUACACUGGAACUGCUGAGACCAAAGAUAAAGCUUUGCAGUUCUCUGGAAGAAGCUGUCAGACAGGUGCAAGACUUGGAACGAGAAUUCUUAAUAAAAUUAGGAAUUGUGAAUGACAAAGAUUCCAAAGAUUCUAUUACGGAAGGAGAGAACCUGGAAGAGGAUGAAGAGGAGGAGGAAGGUGGAGCAGAGACAGAGGAACAGUCUGGAAAUGAAAGUGAAGUAAAUGAGCCAGAAGAAGAGGAGGGCUCUGACAAUGAGGAGGAGGAAGGUGAAGAAGAGGAAGAAGAAAACACAGAUUACCUUACAGACUCCAAUAAGGAAAAUGAAACGGAUGAGGAGAAUACAGAAGUAAUGAUUAAAGGAGGAGGACUUAAGCAUGUCCCUUGUGCUGAAGAUGAGGACUUCAUUCAGGCGUUGGAUAAAAUGAUGCUGGAAAAUCUUCAGCAACGGAGUGGUGAAUCUGUGAAAGUACAUCAGUUGGAUGUUGCUAUUCCUCUGCAUCUCAAAAGUCAGCUCAAGAAGGGUCCUCCACUUGGAAGUGGGGAAGGAGAGUCAGAGUCUGGAGACACAAUGCCGUUUGUCAUGUUAACACGAAAGGGCAACAAACAACAGUUUAAGAUCCUAAACGUUCCAAUGUCUUCCCAACUUGCUGCAAACCAUUGGAACCAACAGCAAGCUGAACAGGAGGAGAGAAUGAGGAUGAAAAAGCUCACUUUGGAUAUCAAUGAGCGGCAAGAACAAGAGGACUACCAGGAAAUGUUGCAGUCUCUGGCACAGCGUCCAGCUCCAGCAAAUACUAAUCGUGAACGACGGCCUCGUUACCAGCAUCCGAAGGGAGCACCUAAUGCAGAUCUAAUCUUUAAAACUGGUGGGAGGAGACGUUGAUCCAGCAUCAAGUGUCAUUUCAUUAGGUCCUGUAUCUCUGAUGUUGUGGAUAGUGGAGUCCUCCAGCGAUUAAAAGAGAGCAGCGGACACAUCUCAGCAUGUCAGUCUAGAGCGUUCAGAAUCGAAACCUGGGACAGGCUGGGGCCGUGGGGCAGAAACAACAGCCUCCCCUCUUCCCCCCCAACCCCACGCAGAACAAGUGGAAGCUUCCAGUCACGGCCUACCAAAAAAAAAAAAGCUUUUUGUUAUAGGAACCGCGUUGAGGGUUAAUUUUCUCACAAGAGCAGAAGUAAAUGAAUGAGAUGGUUAACUUGACCACUGAGCAGCUUGGUGAAAACAAAGAUUGACCUGAAAUCCAGAUGGAUUACACUGGAGAAUGGAAAAGGUCUUUGACAGCUCAGUAUGUGGGAGAACAAAGUUCUAAACUUGGCACAAGUUACGUUCUCUCCAAAUCGAGCACUUUGUGUUGGAAGGAUAUUCUUUGGGGGCUGCAAAGCUACAGUAGAAACAUGUAGAGCAAAUGGUGAAAUUUAAAGGAAACCCUGGCAAGUAGGAUAACUUCUUAUCAAACACUCCUCGGCGAGAACAUUUUUGGUUAAGGAAUGACCUGUUUCUUCCAGAUGAGCAAGAAGGAGAGGGUGGGUUGUGGGGAGGGGUGAAAAAAUGCAAGAGCCAAGGAGGUAGAAUGUCUGUUAGGGGUUAAAAUAGAAUGUGAAGUUGAUUAACACAGGGUGUUGACUUGUACUGCUUGGAACAGCCUGACACCAGCCUAUGGACAGGGAUAUAGUUGAACCCAUUGUAUCUAUCAUUGAAAACCAAAAUGUGCCAGUCAGCAUAACAGGAGGAUGUCAAGGAGUGGAUCCAAAUCUUUUGUUGAUCUUCAUGGGUUGAUAAGCCUCUGUGUCUAUUGAAACAAAAAAAAAAGCUUAAAAAAAAAAAAAAGAGUUAAGUCUGGAAAUAAGUAGAAUUUUUAUUUUUUUCUAAGUAGAAAUGAGGUUUCUUGGUCUGACAAUCUGUUAUUUAUUAGCAUAGUUUUUUGUUUGCUUUCAGGUAGAGGCAGUUAAUUGGGUUAAGGAGCUCAUCUGUAUGUUACUACUAAUUCUUUUUUCUAGCUCUUUUAAAAUCGUUUUUACCACUGGUUUUGGUUUCUGCAUGUAGGGGAGAGAGAGACUUGUAAGAUUGUAACAUUUCAUACAGAAAUGCCCCCCGAUCUUCACCAGCUUCAGAAAUCUGACCUUUGCCAAUGCUGCAAUAAAGUGUUGUAAUUUAGAAUCUGUCUUUCCGUUUACAUUGACUUCGCUGUUUCUGAAGUGUCUUGAAGAGUUUGUGGUGUCACACAGGUCUCAGGCAGUGCUUCAUACAAGUGACACAAAACCAGGUGGCGUUUCACUGAAGCAGGAAAGAUUCCUGCCCCAGGAAGCAUACUUGAAGCACCCUUAGUAAACGCAAGAUUUUCUUGCUGUUUAGCAAGGUGAUGUGAAAUUUCACAUAACAUAAGUUAUUGUGUGCAGACAGUGCCUCUGGAAGAAGCGGCUCAAACCUCCCCUCGCUUGUGGCAGCUCCCUCUUUCUCCUUGGUGUUGUGCAGCAUCGUGGUGAACCGAGCUAGAAAACUAGCCUGAGUUAAGUUAAGCAAUGAUGCUUUGGCAAGAAGAUUUCAAAGUUUUACAAUAUACCUACUUAAUCAUGCUUUUUAAUCACAGAGUUGAGCAUGGAAAAACUGCCAGCGCAGCUCUAGGUCUGCCCCUUUGCUUGUUGUGCUUUAAGGGCAGCUGGGGAAUCCUUAGAGCAUGCUUUCCCCAAGGACCAUCCUCUUCAGGUGGUGGUGGACAACUUCUAGUUCGCAGAGCAUGGCUGGAGGUUUUUAUAACAUCACAUGUAGAAGCGUUUCUCUAGGUUUCUGCCAGACUGAGAUCUCAUUUUGUAAGAAGGCAAGAACCCUGGCUGCGUGUCGUUACUCAAACCUGCCUCUUCUCAAGCGUCUCUGCUCAUACUUCAUGCUGUGGGUAUGGGAUGCGCGUGUCCUGCAAGGAGUUCCACCGUGUAGGAAGACCAGGUCUUUGUUUCAAGUUUUGUGUUUAAACUGCCUGUGCAUUUCUUUUUCUAUCAUUUCUUUUCUGCAUAUAAUUAGAGGAUGCAUUAAUCACAUUUGUAACUCUGAGCUCUUCCAGCAAUGUCUUUCACAGCAGUGUGACCGUAUCCAUUGGUCAAAUCUAAUUUCCACUUCCACGAUGAAAAAUGCCUACCAAUUCCUAAUAGCAAAUUAAGCAUCUAAUUGUGGUUCCAAUGAAAGUCAACUUCCUUUUCUCGACCUGCUGCUUAGUUUCAAAGGCUUUUAAUUUAUCCAAAUUGAAUAACUGCAUAGAGAUAAAAUGUGAAUCUGCAUUAGCUUUAUUUUGUAUCUGCCAGUCUAAUGCCUUGGAUGGAAUUGGGAUCAGUAGAAAUAUUUUUACUAAGUUAUUUGCUGAAGGGGUCAACUUGAGUUUACCUUUACAUCAAGCGGAAAUCAAAACACAAUUCAGUGAAACCUUUUGAAGUGUGGUGUUGAAAUAAACUCUCGUGUUCUGCUGAAAAAAAACCCCACAUCAAAAAUUGCAAGCGUGAAACAAUCAGGGUUGAACAGAAACGGCAAAAUAGCAAGUCCUAUUUACUGUUUGCUUUUCUGUUUGCCAGCCUCACAAGCCAGAAGUGGGCGUAGAUGCUGCCCUGCUGCUUGCAGAGCCAUUCUGUCACCUAAUCCCUGUACAACUUGUAAGGAAUGUGUGGCUUCCUUUCACUUUAUGCCAUUAGAAUGGUUUGGCUUCACCUAGGGAAUAUUUAAUUAAAAUGGUCAGCUGAGAGGCUUGGUUUUGAUACAGUAACAGAGGAAUAACUUGUAUUUUGAUCAGUGCUUGUCUUGCCUGAGAAUAUUGUGGCUUUAUCCAGAUGACAGGUUAUUUUAAUUAAUGAAAUUAUGUGUAAUAUUAUUGAACGAUUUGGGUCAGAAUGGAGCUUUUAAAGAUCAUCCAGUUCCAACCCCCCUGCCAUGGGUAAAUACACCUCCCACUGGAUCAGGUUGCUCAAAGUCUCAUCCAGCCUGGCCUUGAACACCUUCAGGCAUGGGGUGUCCAUGCCUUCUCUGGGCAACCUGUGCCAGUGCCUCACCACCCUCACAGAAAAAAUUUCUUCCUAAUAUCUAAUCUAUAUUUCCCCUCUUUCAACUUGAAACUGUUGUCCCUUCUUCUAUCCCUGCACUCCCUGGUAAAAAGCCCCUCCCCAGCGUUCCUGUAGCCCCCUUCAAGUAUUGGAAGGCUGCUAUAAGGUGUCCCUCGAGCCUUCUCUUCUCCAGGCUGAACAACCCCAACUAUCUCAGUGCUUCUUUGCAGGAGAGGUGCUUCAGCCUUCUGAUAAUUUUUGUGGCCCUCCUCUGGGCUUGCUCGAGCAGAUCCAUGUCCUUCCUGUGCUGAGGACUCCAGAACUGAAUGAAGUUCUCCGAGUGGGUUCUCACGAGAGUGGGUACCUCCCUUGCCCUGCUGAACACAUUUCUUUUGAUGCAGCCCAGGAUACAUUUGGGUUUUUGGGUUGCAAGUACACAUUGUUCUUCUUUCCCUACAUUACAGUAGCCUGCAGGUGCGACAGGUCACUGGGGAAAUCAGGCCAAAUUCAAGCUUGGCAUCAUUGGAUGGGAGCCAGGAUCUUCCCUCAGGAGUAGUUCUCAAGGGAUGAUAGUCAAAAGCACUCUUGUGAAGACUUUCUAAAGCGGCAUUCUGACCAUGCACAGAAGUGGUUAAAUCUAUAAAAAUGUGCGUAGAUGAAGGGGAAAUUGCAUCACACCCCUGAUUGCGUAAAAGAUUUCUCUGUUAUCUUAUCUUUCUCUGGAAAGAAUUUGGACUGAAGUCAGGUCCAAGCAUUUGAAGUUGCGUCUUCACUGAGGUGGGGCUCGUUGAGCUGGCUUGCUGACAGCUGGAAAAAGUACUCUAUGAUUGUAGUCAAUGGGAUUUUUUUGCCUCAGUUUUCAAUAAUCUCUCUUCACACAUCCCUCAAACCCUCAGACCUCCAGGCAGGGACUGAGGGAAUGGAGUCCCUCCCAGUAUCGGAGACCAAGUUUGUGACCCCAUGAGGAACCUGAUGUUAAGUCCAUGAGACCUGAUGACAUGCACCCUUGGGCACCAGAGGGCUGGAGCACCUCUCCUGUGAAGAAGUCCUGAGGGAGUUGGGGUUGUUCAGCCUGGAGAAGAGAAGGUCCAGGGAGACAUUAUUGCAGCCUUCCAGUGCUUAAAGGAGGCCUAAAGAAAGGUUCUGCACGAGGGCCCAUAGCAACAGGACAAUGUUUUUAAACAGAAAAAGGGUUGGUUUAGAUUGGAAGAUAAUUGUUUAUGGUGAGGGUGGUGAGGCACUGGCGCAGGUUGCCCAGAGAAGCUGUGGAAACCCUAUCCCUGGCCAGGAUAGAUGAGGCUUUGAGCACCUUGAUCCAGUGGAAGGUGACCCUGCCCACGGCAGGGGGGUUGGGUCAGAUGAGCUUUAACAGUUCCUCUGACUCAACUCUUUCUGGGAUUCCAUGAUUUGUGAUGCAUCACUUGAAAGCCUGUGUGAGCUGAGGUGCUACCUUAGUCCUUGCUCUGAGAUGGAGCCAAGUCCGCUGGGAAGCUCCAAAGCUGGGAAGUUCCAGGAUCAUUUAGGAAUGUCAGUCCUCUCAGGCAAGACCUUCAAUUCCAGCUGGUGGUAUCGGCCCUCUCUUUCUACCCUGCAGUGCUGUAAUGUGAUAGAACUAAAAAUAGAAAGGCUAUGAUGUCUUUAUUUUCAUGAAUUACUGAGUUCUCAGACUUCCUAUAACUUUAACUUUCCACGCCUUCGGAGAAAGAGGUCCCUCGUGCUAUUUCUGUUACAGAGAGUAAAAUAUAUACAAACGCAUCAGUGCACUUAUCCCACAGUACGCAUGCAUAAUGUAACGUUCUUUACGUUAUGGCUUAGAAAGCCACUUCUGUAUUGUGGAGACUGCCUGAUUUGCUCAAGUUUUCAGGUUUUUUUUCAGUGAAGCAGUAAUUGUGUACUUGGCAGGACAACACAGUACGAACUGCAAGGAGACACCAAGUUCGUCUCCGACAGUUUGCUGAUGCAGCCUUCUCUUUACAUUGACUUAAGUCAAUGCGAUGCUGUUGAAAAGUGCUGAUUUGGGGAAGUAGCUCAGGAGAGGCUUUGCAGGCUGGCAGCACAGCUUUACCCAGCGGAUCAGCAUCGGCACUGACUCAGAAUGGCUGUGGCCAAAGGCAAGAGAUUAAUAGUCCGUGCAUGUUCGCCCUGAAAGACCUCUGACUGCCGGGAGAGGCACUGCACUGCCCAGCAUGGUCGCUGAGCCGCUGUCAGCUACGCGCUUGGCUUUGAAACAGUCUCCAUGCUUUGCUCUUGGGAGCUAUAAAGGCAAGUAGAUAAAUGAAAAAGCAAGUAAACAAAGUCACUAAUUACUGUUGUCCACCAAAAGUGCUGCUGUAGUGUAGUGCACAUAUCCCAGACAGAUGACUGAAUAUUUCCAAAAUAAAUACAAUAAUAAUGCGAGCCUGCUGUUGCCCUGUGAUAAAUAUAUUAAGCUUUUUUUCCUUUUCUUUUGAGCUUCAUCACUAAUUUUUUCCACACCGAGGUUUUCCCUCAGCCACGCGCCAUUCUGCCCUGCUGAAGAUGCUCAUCCAAGAUGACACUUCACUGUCUCUUCUCAGAACUCAGCUAUAAAUAGGGUUUUUUUCCAGCCACUCCUAGGGACAUCCCAGUGUGCUGGAAGGAGGAAACUAUUUGGGCAAGAAUCAAAGAAGUGAGUAAAUGUCAAAAGAUUUACUUGUAUUGUUUGAGUUAUAAACUUUGCUUUUAAGUUGUUAUCGUCAGAGUAUGAUUGUGCGAUUAAAACACUUGGUGUUUAUGAUCAUUCUUAGAAGAACAAUGAGUGAUCUGUUAAAAAGACUCCUCCUUUCCUUCCUCCAUCACCUGGAUCCAGGCUGUCAGACGAAUAAGUUGAGUUUUAAGUUGGAAAAGGAGAAAGAAAUUCAGAUAUUGCUGAUGUUUAUUCCCAUGUUGUGCGUGAGAUAAAGGGGAGCAACCUCUGCUGGGAACGAGUCAUGGUUGACAGCCCAAGAGCUUGAAAACUUUGUUGUAUUUGCCCUCUUUUUGUUUUUUCUGUUCAAUUUUUUGGCAGUAUCUCAGGGUUGCUGUGGUAAGGCCACCCCUGCCGCCCUCUCAAUACGUGUUUCACAACUCUAAUGUUUGCAAGUGGGAGCUGGGAAGCAAUCUUGAAUACUGGUGAUGCUCUUCUCCGCUAAAGGCACCGUGCAGCUCGAGCUGGUGGCGUGAUGAGAAAGCUGAUAAAUGCCUGUUUUAGGCUGUGUGAUUGUGGUAGGUACCUACCUGCAUGCUCUGCACUAUCUAUUUGGUGUAAGUAAUUGACGUUUCAGGGGAAAAUGCUAGUUUUGAGUUUAUUUACAUGGUGUGAAGCCUUGGGACUACAUUUUUAUCCCCAGGAAAUACCACCAGUAGCCUGCUCUUGAGCAAUUAGCCAAUAUUUUAAGGCUGGCUGCGUCACUUGGCUUCAUUUGCAGAAGUUACUUGUCAAUUCUCCUCUUGCCACUGGUGACGCGGUGAUGAUUUUGUCCCAGGCCCUUCUGCAGGGCGUUACCUUUGUGUCUGAGAAACUGAAUGGCUAAACCUGCAAGUGCUGCCUGGCCCCCGGCAAACUCCAUCUCACCCGAUGACGCUCGGCCAUCCCCACUCCUCUGUUGGUGUCAGCAUCCAACAGUGAUACAGGUGAGGAGCCUCUUUGCAGAGCAAACAAGAGCUGCUUGUAGGAGUUUGUAUCUCCCUCAUUUAUCUCAGACUGAAAAUUCCCUUCCCAGAAUCAGGGAUUUGAGCUCUAUGUGCCUGAGGAGAACCCCCUUUUAACCGCUCAUCCUCAAAACAAGAAUUUGAACUGGAAGAAGACCUUAAAAUGCAGGAAGCUCCAUUGAAGCACCACCAAAGGUGGUGUGACCAAUUAGGGAGCGAUGCUGUAAGGAGGGAUGUGUUGUGUCGAGCCAGUUCCACUAAAAGAAAAGCACUCUGGUAGCCAUAAAGCCUCAUUCAGGUGCAAAACUGUUCAGGAGCAAAACUGUUCAGGUGCUACUUCUUGCUUCUGAGCAGGGAAAUUGGGUGUCUCUGGCUGCAGUCAGCUUGCUGCGGGAGAAGAAAUGCUGAAAAGAGUGUGAAAGAGAGACGUAAUUUUUAUUGCAUGAGCCAAGCCUGUCAGCUCUGCCUCCCCUGCAGACAAGGGAAAGCCCAUGCAAAUACAGGAUUUGGGGAUACCCAAAAAGCCUGCUGAGGACUGGAGUUUUCCGCUUGCUGGUCCUACCUCCUAGGGUUUGUAGCUCCAAUUAGUUUCUUAAAAGAGUCUUCUCUGGUUAAUUUGGAUAAAUAAAAUUAAAUUGGAGUUUCCCAUUUUGGAGAUAGACAUUACUUUCUAAGCCUUUGGUUUAUUUUUAGGCAGCUCCUGAAUGAAAAUAGCAAUGCCAUGAAAAGAGCAGUGACUGACCGACUGCAGCUACCCCUCCUGAGCCAGAGGAUGCUCCAAGGGAGCCAGUUUCAGAAGCUCUUCCACACCAGCAGAGCCAGGACAUCGCCCACACUGCGUGUGACUGGUGUCGGGGCCACCACUUGUCCUCUCUUCCAUUUCUUCAGGGAAAGAGUGACUGGAAGUUCCCUCCAGCUGUCAAGAGAAGCCCUUGUCUGCUCUGCAAGGGAGAGAGCUGUUCCUGGCUGCAGAGCUGCCCUGUAUCUCAGUGUCACUGUCCAGCUGAGCUGCUUAUCUUGCUGCACCGAUAUCCAAUUUUCAAAAUUAUAUAUAUUGUACUAAAAUGUAAACACACGCAUCUCUUUCAUAUGGCUGUUCAGAGUAAGCUAGAGAUGAGAUGUUCUCUCCUGGGAAGCAAGACUUGAAAGCAUCAAUAAGGCUUUGGUAAUCCACCUGAAGAGAGGUUGGGUGACUCCAUUAUAUUAAUCCAUAAGUGGUUAAUUUAUUGAUUGGAGUUGCUGGAAGAUGCACCCUGGAGUGAUGGAAAUGAAGCCCAGGUAGCCAAGUAGUGAGAAGUAUCUCAGAGGCAACUUUGACUUGUCUUAUAUCUGCUCCGAGAAGCUUUUCAUGUGGUGGUGGGGCUCUGGUUUCCUUCCUCCUUGGGCUCAUGAUGGGAAGAGCCCUCUCCUGGGAGGAAGACCCAGUGGUCAGCCUGGUCAGGAAGGAUUAGUCCACUUCUCUCCGGGAAUUCAGCCGAGCUGUUCUGAGCAGGCAGUAGUUCCUCAUCCCUCCUGCCUUUCCUUUCCAAUGGAAAGAUGGACACAACAGCAGGACUCAGACAAACUCUCCCUUUCUUAUUGUGAUGACUGAGAGGUGUAAUUGUCCAUGGCUCGUUAUUCAGGUUGGUCCCAAAUCCCACACCCUAUUAACCAGGGGUUCAUUACUAGCUGUGAGUCUUACUUAACAGAAAAAUCAAACCAGCGUUUGGGUUCAGAGAACGCAUUGCUCUUGCCCGCAGGAUGACACAACGCAGGGGAAUGUCUCUGCUCUCAGUGUGCUCAGCACAGAGUUUGGGAGUUUAUUAUAGGAUGCAGUAGGAACUGCUGUGCUGGGCACAUAGUCCCCAUUUCCUGGGCUCGAAUAUGCUGGAAACCUCCAGUCAUAAAUAAAAAUUAAACUUGAUCAGGCAAACUAAAUCUAUUUAGGAGGCAGGAAAUGUUCCACGGUAAUGAAGUUUGUGUCAUGAAGCCUGAAGACCCUGUUGAUCCUCUACCCUUGUGCUGGCUUGUAUACUGGAAAUAGAAAAGUGCUGACAACUGUUUCCUAAUGGAGGUUUAAAUAUGAAUAAAUAGCCUCCCUCCUGGUGCCACAGCUUGUACACUCUUUUCCUUCUUGUGUCAUUCCACCCUUUGAGCAUCAGUACAAUGGGUGGCUUAUCUUUGUUGAUCAGAGUAUGAACAACUCAUUGCACAUGUGAGUCUAAGCUUCCAGGCUGCUGGUUUUUUUUCUCCUGUGCUGGCAAGUACAUGUUCCCUGAGCAGUAGGUGUGGUGGUGGGAGAGGAAGGGUGAUUCAGGAUUACUGCACAAGCCUGGGAACCGGAAGGUCAAGCUCAUCUCUCCUCUUUUUUCUUGGUUUACAGUCACUGCCCUCAUUUCCCAGCUGGGAAACACAGCUCUUACCCUUCCUUGCAGGGAUGGAUAAGCAGGCAGAGAACAGAUUAAAAAAAAAAAAUACAUAAUUUUCUGAUGCUUACAAUAACAAAAACUCCAAAAGUAGAGAGGUUCCAUUGAAAUGGAAGAAGAGGGGUUUCCCAUUGAAAUUAUGGGAGAAAAUACAUCAUGAGCCUUUUAUGGUGAAUUUGACUGCACAAAACGUCUGAGGAAAUGAGUGAUUUUGUUGCAGUGGAGGUCUCUGAGGCUGAGUCAGAGAGGGAAGCGAUAUGCACGGAAAGCCACUGUAGGGGUAAGGGGAGAGUGCUGUGAUAGCUGCUGUUCAGCAGGAGUCAGGGGCUCUGAGGGCCGUGCAGCUCCGUGCCAGCUCUCCAGGUUCAUGAAGAACGUUCCCACUCUGCCACACAGCUACACUGAGCUCUGUGAGCUUCUGCGUUGCUCCUGGGCUGAAGAAGGAGGUGGGACCUGCUUUAGAGUCCAUGUGAGGCUUUGACAGCGAGCGGGGUAGCACUGGGAAGUGGAUGUGCAUGAGCUGGGAGGUAGUUUUGUGCUUCAACUCACAAAUACAAGCAUGAUGCUCAGUGGUAAUCACCAGCCAGCCUUCCUCCCAAGUCUGGCUUGUCUGUGGGUGAAACAUCCCUUAUCUCUCGCCAGUCCUGUCUCUGUAGCGAUUCGGUCAGAUGUUUUUCAGUAACUCUGCUGUAAUCUUCCCUUUGCCAACUGGGAAACGGAGAGAAACGAUGUCUAAGCUCCUCCACUGCAGCAGCACCCGGAGGCUGGUCAUGGAAGGUGACCACGCUUUCCUGCGUGAUGAAAGGCACAGGGUAGGGACACUCCGUGAGCCAAGCUGCUCCAGGUUACUCACGGCUCCCGCUGGGAGCUAACAAAUAAGGAGAAUUAAUAUGAACUUUCACAAUAGAUAAGUUGAGACAAUUGUUUUCUUGCACCUCACGGGGUGUUUCGCUGCUUGAGUGGCUGGUGCAGCAUGUGGCAGGGGCUGAGCCAGCAGGAAGGGUUGUUUUGAGAGCAGGGUGGCCAAGAUGACCCUGUUGGGGACGUUGUAUCGGGUGCAGCAAUUACAAGCAAAGGGACUAAAGCGAAUAGCUAUGAUAGACCUCAGGCAGCUGCUCAAGAGUCCUUGGCUGAGUAUAGAACAGGGACGUAGGGGAUGUUCAGUCUCACAGGCUAUAGGAAUGGGAGCUGUGCCCUGAGCUGAUGGUUAACCAAAGGAUUUUAUAGAUUUAUUUUCUUUUGAAUUCAAAUUUUCAACAUACACACUACCUUUUAUCAAGUUAUCUGGGGAAGAGA